AUGUGGCAUGCAGAGGGCUCCAGAAAUCUAGUCAUACAGAUAGCAGUAUUUUUGGUUUACAUCUUCUUGGGAGCUGUCAUUUUUCAAGCAUUAGAAUUGCGAAAUGAAGAAGAAGAACGAGAGGCAAUGCUUGUGGCACGAAAUCAAUUCCAAGCAAAGUACAACAUUUCUCAUGAUGAUAUGAAACUCUUCAUUAGCAAAAUCGAAGAGAUUGUUGAUCAUGGUUUUAGCCAAGACUGGGUGAAGCGAUGGACAAUCCUUGGCUCACUUUUCUUCGCUGGAACAGUUGUUACCACAAUAGGUAAGCAACUUAUUUUUCGGAGGUAAUAAAUCUUAUUUUACACGCCAUUGCUUGCCAACAAUUAGAACAGAAGUUCGCCUCAAACAAGGCCGUGCAAGGUCGAUUGAAACGCGCACUGAAUGUCCUCCUCGGUUAGUCUAUUUACCUUAUUACUAAUUGAAAAGUUUCUUCUCAAAUAGAGGACCUUCUUUAUUCUCCUUUAUAACGCAUUAUUUUGUAUUUAAAGUAUUCAUUCAACAGAGGCUUAGCUAAAUGGGUUUUCAAUCAAAGCUAGAAACCCAUUUUAGCGUCUUUUUUGCAUGCACUCAAUGGGGUUUCCUCGUUUUAUUAUAAAAUUUACUUCUUGUAGGAUGUUCAUUUGGCAGAUCACGGUACGAACUUUGUUCCUUAAUAUUCAUCCAAGAAGAAAAAAAUUGGACCCAACAACAACGAAAAAUAAAUUUAAGUUUAAAAAGACCGGUUAAUAAUAUAGACCAGCAAAUAUCAAUAAAUUAAUCUGCAUAUUUUUCCUCCUUUUUUUUCGUAUAAUUAUUUUGGAAAACCAAAUAAUCUAAAAGUAUAUAUGACAGUCUGGGAAAUGUCUCGCAAGUAAAGACCAAAAAAACCUCUCAAUCAAAAUCUAUUGCAGUGCACAGCUGCCCGCGGAAGCUCAGAAAUAAAAUUCAUGGCGUCAAAUAUAUAUAUAUAUAUAUAUAUAUAUAGCGUCUGUCAAAAAGUAAAACAAGAAGCCUAUACCUUUCAGUGCAUAUUGAAGAAAAUAGAUGAAUAUUUGCAGAUAGUUUGGAAAUUCAGAGCCUGACCACAGAACGUAUUUACCAUAACGUAUAGUUGUAGAAUAUUUCGUUAAAUAUUCAGUGCGGCUACUUAAUGGAAAUUGAGAGAUAUAGACUUCUUACGAGGCUUGUUGGAGUCAAUGUGCACGCACACCACUUUACUAAAUGAAAUAUAUUUUAUACCGAACGAAAAUAACAAAUUGAGCAAGGUUUGGCGUCUUCCGCAAAGGAACAAGAUUAAAGUUGUUGUUAUGGAUAUUGGCUCUAGCUAAUUCAAUUAUAUCCACAAUACUCCCCAAUACUUUUCAAUAAGGCCUGAGCUGGGCAAAGUCUCGCGUUAUCGAGAAGUACCUUUCAAUGACCUUUGGGAUUGUGAUUAAUUGGACCAUCUGUCACUAAAUUUAUAUGAAAAUUUAUACGACAGCUCAGAAAAAUACUAUGGCUACCUUAUUAUGGCCGCUUUGUUAUGUCAAACAUUUUCUGUUCAUUCGUUCUCACGGGGAACUCAGUACAGGAUUCAGAAUAGCGUGCUAAUUUUGACAGGUGCGAAAACCAAUGCUGACCGAAUUUUUUGAAAUCUUUCGGAUAUUAGUGACAACCCUGUUCACGCCAAGCCUGUUGUUUAUCCAUUUUCAAAAUUUUUCUCUCAACAUUGGAAUAUAUUAUCAUACGUUAAAAGAAAAAAGAUGACAUAAACGUCAAUAAAUGCGCGAAUACUGGCGUAACGUCCUUCGACAAAACCUAUGCUACUCAAAGGAUUAAUGAAAAUGUUAAAUAAUCUGAAGCGCGCCUUCCUUUCCGCUUAGCGUUUUUUCUCCAUUCUAAAAGCAAAAGCAUCAAUCGACCCUGACAACGAAACGCAGCGAGAACUAAGAUUGUAGAAUUUUAAUUGUUAAGUAACAAAAAUGUUUUGUUUCUAGUAGGAAACUGAAUAUAAGAUAUUUUAACAAAUAAGCUACAUACAAUUUUUACAAUUCAGAGCUGAAUUGAAUUCAGUGAUGAGAGAUACGACGGAUAAAUUUCUUGGAAUUCCCAACGAGUUAAAGUAACUUCAUAUUUUUAAAGCAUCUUUUUUAAAGAUCAAGUAACCGUGAUUGCUAAAUUAAGAGCUACUAUUGCAUCACAGUUCGGAAGCAUAGGAGCCCACUCUAAUGGUGUCCUCCCAAAGUUGUGGACUAGAUUGUAUGAACACACUUGUAAUGUUCGAAUCCCUUUGAAGACAUUCUUUUUGGGGAUUCUUAGGGACUCAUUUCUUCUUUUAAUUUCGCUGAUGAUUAAAUUAAAGGCCGAGAAAAACAGGAGGAAUUGCAGAUGCUCUUUAAAUCAGAGAACCCCCGCCAUGUUUACUCUAUUCAUACCCAGGAAAACGCCUCGAUGUGCUAAAAGAUAUAUAAGUAACAAAGAAAAAAACAAAAAAGCGUGACGCAUACGAAACCCCAUCAUUGCCCUAUUUUCACGCUUCUUUCAAAAACGGAGACAACUGUUUUUCGUCAUCUCAUAUUUAUUUAUCCUUUUUUACCAGCAAGGACGACGAAAGCUCAAUGGACAAGGGGAAACCCCUAUCGACUGGUGACAAAUAGCAUGUCUGUUAAUAUCAAACCUGAAUUUGACAAAUCUCAGUCUCAGCUGGAAAAUGAUGUUACAAACACAUUAACUUUUAUUCGUUUUCCAUUUAUUGCACGUUUUUACUAUUCAUCUGUGAUCGUUAAAUCAAAGAAAAUGAUGAAUAUCGAAUGUGGGCGGAAAAUAGUUCAGUAAUAUAAUUUUAUUUCAAUCAAUAUAAUUUUAGGCUGCUAGAAGGAUCGAGAUGAUUUUUUUUUUAUUAAGUCUCUUUUUUUGAAGUUUCUUUUGUUGGUGUUACGUAAUAGCAAAGGAAGCCGUCCUUUCAAAUAAAAGGGCCAAAAAAUGGUUUGGGAAGUUCCCACAUGGAUAAUUAACAAUUUAUUAUUCCUCGAGCCGGAAUGCGCUCUGAGUCAAUUGACUCAGAGGCCAUGAGGGCGAGAGGAAUAAUUGUUUUAGUCAAAUCCAACUAGUUGGUCGAUUAUGUUAAGACAAAACAACUUAAGCUAGCAAAACGCGAUUCAGCCGCCAUUGUUUUGGUUUUCAAAGCCGGCGCUUUUCGCUGCUAGUGGGCUAUAACAUAUAGCUUAGUAGUAGCUCAACCAAUCAGAACGCAGCAUUGAUAAUAGACCAAAAGUUGAUUUUACUAAUGGCAGAUUUUUCGCGCGCGAUUUUAUCAGAAUGAUCUGUUGACCGCCUUUUUCAGGAGGUAGUGUCGACCAGUGGUAAUCGCGUUCGACUCAAGAUUUGGCUGCCCCGAGUCCGAGUCCCAGUCCCAUUCUGACCACAUGAUAGAAUAGGGACCUUACGAAACAACGACAACGGUAACUCUGCACGUGCAUCACGCUUUUUUCUACAUUUCUUCGGCGUCCGUGCACGACUACGACGUGAAAUGACCAAAUUUUAAGUUUUUUGUUAGAGGACGGGUACGGCAAGGCGAUAAUUUCUACCAUCUCUGUCUGAACUUGGGCAUUGCCCUCUCUCUUCAGCGCCAACAUUAAUUCCCUUCUUUUAAAUAACUGGGCGACUCUGAAAAAUCGCGAAAUGGUUUGAAAGAAUGCGGAGUCUAUUUUUCAGGGACGUUUUCAUGGACGUCGCCGUUGUCGGAUCGUAAGGACCUUAAUAUGCACGCGGAAAACGGGUGUUACUAAACCUAGGAACGGAAAGCGGGGAACAAGCAUGGGAAACGGGAAAAUGAAAAAUAGGAAAAUAAAACCAACCUUGAACCCUAGCCCUAUCAGCAAUUUCAUUUUCCAAUUCUCUGUUUUGUUCCCAUCUUUCAUUUUCCCGUUCCCCGCGUUCGUUCCCCGCUUUAGUAACAUCCCACGGAAAACACUUUGUAGAACAAGGAAAUUUAACGCACCUCUCUUGGCCUCCAAAAUACUGCAUCCCAUGGCCACACAUCGUCGCGAAAAUUAUUAAGAUAAUCCUGGAAUCCCUCUAUCAUUUCGCAGUCCUCCAUGCCGGACAAGUCUACAACUGUAACAAGACUGGACACUCUUCAAGUGCUCGCACUUGUCGCUUUCUCUCAAGUCUCUGUGAAAGAAAAAGGAAAAAAACAGGAAAUGAAACCUCUAGAAUAGUUCAAUUAGGCGGAUAUGGAUAGCACAAAACGCGUUCCUUCUUUUGAAUUACAAAGACGUUCUUGUUUUAUCAAUGCUUUCGUUUAAGAAUUUUUCAUUUUCAUAACUAUCCCUACAUCUUCCCUCGAAGUUACUAGAAACUUUUUCUCUGACUUGUCUCACCGAUAUGACGUUCGAACACUUCCUUGAUGUGCCUGACCUGUCCGACCAUCCCGCGAGUCUGCACAGGGUGGCCGCAGAUUCUCUUGGAAAUAGUCCAUUGUUAUUAAUACAUUCAUCUAUUACAAAUUCCCUACAUUCCCUUUGUAAAAGAUGAAAAGUCGAAGGUAGAUUCUGCUUGAGGUAGUUGUUUUCCGGUCGAUAGCGAUAUAUAACAAUUAUUCACCGAAGUGGAGGUGGCUAGUCCUGGAUUUUUACCGAACUGCGAAGCAGUGAGGUAAAUAUCCACGACUAGCCACCGACACUGAGGUGAAUAAUUGUUUUAGUAUAUACUAAAACAGUGAGAUAAUUGAGCACAAAAAUGACGAUUUUUAACUCAAAUACUGUUGUCAACUAUUACAAUUUUGGUGCGUAAUGACCGGGUGGCUGCGGCCGUCGCUUUUUCUUGCCGACAAUUAAAACUUUUGAAGGCAUUUGUUUAGCUCUUGCGGGGAAAUUUCUUCAAAAGGAGUUGUGAAUUCUUUUUGUAUUUAAAAUCAUUCUAUAAAAAAAGAUUAUUAAAUUUAGUUUUAAGCUUAUUUAUGAACAACUCAACUAAAUAAAGUAAGCAAGACUUUACUUAAUUUGCAUUCGUAAACAAAAACUUUUUCACCGGUUUCAUCGAUAAAUUCGUGUCAAAAAUACAAAGCUUUACCUGUUAAAACUUCCAAUCCGAACUUCGUCACCUUCUUCGUGUAUUUCGGAAACAGCUUGCUUGAUUAGUUGUGAAAGUUCUUUGUUUGUUUACGGCAGCAAACCAGGAAAGCAUUUUGCUCGCAACUUACGCGAGUUUGGCUAGAUAUAGUCUCGUCAUUAUCUUCAACGGUCACUUAAGAUCACUUUUGAAAAUGUAUGUACGAAACGUCAAGUUUCUAAAAAUGUGAAAGCUCACAAUGUUUAUCACCGCUGUUUGUGUUUUAUUUUAUGUAACCUCUUUGUUUUUCUUGCCCCAACUGCGUCGAUUACCAUAGGUGUUUUUGUCCCAUGUGACCGUGCCCAUUCAUGAUGCUACAGAAAUUCAAUCGUUCAAAAGUAACUGCCUGUUUUUAUUAUUAGGUUACGGUCACGUGACUCCAUGCACCGACGGAGGUCGCAUAUUUUGCAUUCUGUAUGCCUUGGUUGGAAUACCAUUGACAUGGUUAAUGCUGUCAACGCUGGCACAACACAUUAACCAUUGGAUAGGCCUCGCACUAAAGUGUUGUCACGAGCGGGUCCUCAAACGGAAACCAUCGAGAAUUGAAAUUAAAUCAGCUGCCAUUACACUGAUGAUAAGUGUCUUGAUGAUUUUAACUAUUGCCUUGUUCGGCUGUUACCUGGAAGGAUGGCGUUAUAUAGAUGGGGUAUAUUUCGGCUUUAUAACCCUGACAACCAUUGGCUUUGGAGACUUUGUCCCGCUGCACCCGUCCCCUAAUCGGGAUCCCGAGGGUUAUACUGCACACGUGUUGGUGUUCACGAUCACGAGCAUUAUCUACUUCACAAUUGGAUUGGCUGUUGUGUCAAGUGUAUUGCUGUCGAUCAGGAAUGCUAUGGAGGAAAGGUCAUUAAGCGGAUUUCACGUUCUCAAAGAUGAUGGAGAUGACUAG